CAAAUCCGGAAGAAGCGCGGUGGCUCCCCGCUUGUUGUAGUCACAUCCGGUGGAAGCGAACGUGGGGAGCUGUGAGUUCUAGCGCCGCGUGCUCAGAAGCAAACAGAAAUGGCAAAAAGUCUAAGGAGCAAAUGGAAGAGAAAAAUGCGAGCAGAGAAGAGAAAGAAAAAUGCCUCCAAGGAACUUGCUAGGUUGCAGAGCAUCCUGAAAACCAACAGUGAUGUUGUAAUGGACGAAGUGAAGGAAGUAGUAACUGUUGUUCCUGCUGAGAAAAUCAUAGAGAAAAAGGAAUCAGACGAUGGAAGUAAGAUGGACAUGGAUGUCAAAAGAAAUCAGAAAACUCUCCUAGAUCAACAUGGACAGUAUCCAGUAUGGAUGAAUCCCAGGCAGAGAAAAAAGCUGAAGGCAAAGCGUGUCAAAGGGAAAAAUAAGUCUAAAGCACCAAAAGGAUUAACGUGGUAGAGUCUGGUAAAUGUUAAUAAAUAAGGGAAAAAAGAACGUAAUGUUUUAUAUCAUCAGUCCUAAAGGACAAACUGGACUAUAAUUAAGCUAAACAUAGGUAGAGUCCGAUGGCAACCAAAUUUCCAUCAAAUGCUUUAACAUUGUUGACUUAGGUUUCCAGAAAAGCAGAUGUGUUAAGUGUAGCAAAAAAUAGCAGAAUCUUCAGAUACCUUAAAGACAAGAGUUCUUUUAUAAGGUAAGAUAUUGUGGGCCCCUUGAUUGUUCAACAGUAACUUUGUUAAUCUUUAAUGUGCCACAGGACUCUUGCUUGUUCAUUUCAAUGGAACUUAGCCCCAACUGAUGGUUGGAUUAUUCUCAACAGAAAUAAGUACUUCAGUUUUGGGCUUGCUACAACAAUUUCAAGUGUAUCUGGCAGAAAUAUAUUUAUUUUGUUGUCAUUUCUCAUUCUUGAAUGUCUUUUUAAAAUCUGUUAAUAUUUAGUUUAAUAUUCAGUGCUAAUAAAGCCAAAAUAAAUGAAUUUAGCACACUGAUGUGUUAAGGGCAUUGUCUAAUCCAAAGUAAACAGCUUUGGAAUGCCACUGAUUUUCAGGGGGAAAGUUUUGUGUAGUGUGUGUACUAUAGCCAAAUAUGUUUCCUCAAGUUGUUUUAUUCUGGCCUAGCAUGACAAUAAUACAUAAAUCUGGAGCUUUAUUUUUCCUUUCAAAACAGUAAGACUAAGUGUAAUCCCAUGCAUCCUUUCCUGAAAAUAAGUCCCUGGGGAAUUCAGUGGAAUUUAUUUCUGAGCAGACCUGCGUAGGACUAUAUUGUAACAUUAUAGUCCUAUACACAUGUACAUGUGGGGGUACGAGCCAUCCAACUUAGUUGGAAUUACAAAUAACAAGCUUAAUGUUGGAGUGUAGUGUGUUCAGAUUUUAAAGAUGAUUAGAUUUCAGAUUUUCUUAUAUGGCAUUGGCAUGUUUACUAAUUUUGAAUAACUGAAUGUAAUGUGAAAUGUAAUUGAGUUUUAUUACAUGAGGGAAUGGCUCAGUUUCCAUAUAAGGAUACUAUUUUAAAAAAAUAUUUCUUAAAUAAUUUUUAGACUUAGUUAGCUACAAGAAUAGAAUUAAAGAAUUUUUCAUAAAACCCUUUUAAAAAACCUCCAAAUAUAGAGCAGGGAGUGAGGCUAUGAACCUGUUGAUUAUACUAUGAUUGGCACAUUCUAACUUUUUUACUACAUGUGGAUUCCUUUCACACUCUGAUGUUUAAUGGUUCUUAUGAUUUCAAUACUUAUGGGCAUCUGCUGGUAGAAUUUGUUAUAUCCCAAAACAAAGUGGUAUUACUCUAUUUAAAUAAACAGAAAUUGCUAGGACUUCCAUUUAAAUCAAGGGUGUUCAUUGUCUCUUGGAUCAAAGGCCAUGCUGGGGCAGGAGCAGCAUGUUGAAGGAUGCACUUAAAACUGAGCAAGCUCAGUAGCAAACCCCAUUAUUUAAAAAUAUAUAGGAGAUAAGAGUUAAAAAAAAGUAAUGCCUCCACCUCCAUAACUUUAAGUAGGGAUAUUUUAAUAAAUGAAACAAGAAAAUAAUUCUUGAUAUAGCUCUUUUGUUACCUGUAUGUACUUUCCAUGUAAUAACCACCAUUUGCUACACAUUACUGCUAAUGAUGGACAAGCUUCUGAAAGCCAUCAUUAAACUCCAGUUUGUCUCUUCAACUGGAUCCUGACAGUCCUUUCCAACUCUUUAUUUGAGUUAAACAGAUGUCCACAAAGGUAUUCCUUCAAUUUGGGGAAAAGGAAGAAAUUGCAUGGUGCCAUAUCUGGACUAUAUGGUGAUGUGGUAAGAUGGUGAGAUCCAACUUCGCAAUGGCCUCAUGGGUGGUUGUGAGGUGUGACACCUAGCAUUAUCAUGUUGUAGCAAAAUUUCUUUGUUGUUUCCAAAUGCUGCUUAAUGGUUGUUUCAAGGUUUUGAAUGUUGAGUUGCUAAUGGUGCCACAUUCAAGGAAAUCCAUGUGAAUAAUACCAUCUCCAUUAAAAAAACCCUGUAACCAUGAGUUUUCUUGCUGAAA